AUGGCCAUGAGAACUCUCACUCGCUCUCACACUCGCUUUAAUUCUUACACUGCAAUAACCUUCCUCAUUUUUCUCUCCUUCUUUAUUCGUACUCAAUCCGAGGUUAUAACCUUAACCUCUGAUACCUUUAAUGAUAAGAUCAAGGAGAAGGACACUGCGUGGUUUGUGAAAUUUUGCGUCCCCUGGUGCAAGCAUUGUAAAAACCUGGGCUCGUUGUGGGAUGAUUUGGGGAAGGCAAUGGAAGGAGAAGAUGAAAUAGAGGUUGGAGAAGUCGAUUGCGGCCUGGAGAAAACAGUCUGUUCCAAAGUUGAUAUUCAUUCAUAUCCUACCUUCAAGGUUUUCUACGAUGGUGAAGAAGUAGCUAGAUACCAAGGUUCCAGGAAUGUUGAAUCAAUGAAAAUCUUUGUUUUGGAAGAAGCUGAAAAGGCAGCUGCUAAAGCACUUGACAGCGAUAAAGAAUUAUAA